GGAAUCCCUUGGUGAUCGAAUCAGUGAAUUUGGAUUUCGAAUCCAUGGUUCAUCUGAAGGUGAAGAAGAAAUAGAAGAUGAAGAUGAUGAUCCAGAAGAUAGUGGGAUUCGGGAUGAAAUAAUCAUUCCAAAUGAUUUAUCUAAUCUAAAUUUAAUGAAUAUCUAUUCAUUAACAUCGAAUAAUAAUAAUAAUAAUAUUCAUACUGCACCAAUAAAUAAUGAAUGCGGUGUUUCACCAACAACACUAAGUCGUUCUCAGCAUACAACAAAUACACAUGAUCAUAAUUCUUCUAUUCAAUGUAUCAAAUCGACAAUAAACAAUGACACAAAUGCAAUUAUCCCAUUGAUGACGACCAAUGAUGUCAGUAAUCAUCAUCAUCAUCAUCAUACUGAAAAUACCAAGAUUCAUUCGACAGUAAUAACCACAACAACAACAGCGACUACUACUAAUACUACAAGUACCACAACUACUUGUAAUACUGAUAAUAAUAUUACCACUAACAAUCAUACCAAUCGAUUACUAAUCAGUCAAAAAGAAUUAGAUUUAAAUGAUAUUGUCAAUUCAACUGGUCAUGAAUUUUAUCCGGAGAAAUCUGGAGAGUAA